UUCCGCUUUAGCUUGGUUGUGGGAUGCUAAUAAACAGAUACCCGAUAGGAGCUUUCGAGGUGGUGUUUUGUACCUUUUGUUAGGACAAGCCUUCGCCACCGAGAAUGUAAUCGGCAUGUUAUAAUCUCAUCAGGGAUACAUAUUUGAGGUGCUUAAAAGGUGAUAUUGCAAUAGUCUGAACACAGCUUUGACCAUGGGGAAGAGGUACUACUGUGACUACUGUGACCGGUCCUUUCAGGACAACAUGCAUAACAGAAAAAAGCAUCUGAAUGGUGUUCAGCAUCACCGAGCAAAAAAAGCUUGGUUUGACAAUUUUAGAGACUCUGCAGCUAUUCUGAAUGAUGAGCAAGAAAAGAAGCCCUGCAGGAAGUUUCUCCAAAAAGGAAUUUGUGAUUUUGGCUCCAACUGCAGAUUUUCUCAUAUGACAGAAGAAGAGCUAUUUAACUUAAAAAGACAGGUGGAAGAUGAAAGACAACACAGAGAGGACUCUGAGGACAGAAUUAUGCCUGGACGAAGUAUAGAAGAAUGGCUCUCGAGAAGGGAAAAGAAGAGAGCUGCCCUCGGUAGUAAAGGAGAUCUAAAAAUCGAGGAAGACAGUGAGGAAAGUCAAGCAGAAAAUGGCAUUCUUCAGCAGCUCCUCUCCAUUCCUGACCUACCGCCCUCGCUUCAACCCCCUCCUCCAGGCGGGUGGAAAGUCAACAUGAACACUGAGUGGGGUUGAGUGACAUUCACUUUGGGGGUUCAGAUGACUGUUAAGCCAAUACCUAACAUUAAUAAAGGGAGGAAUGGUUCAGAAAACCAAUAUUAUUUUAGUUUUUUAAGGAUUUUCAGCAUGAAAGGAAGAUUUCAGUUGUUGUUUGUUGCUGUUUUUCAUUUGAAUAAUAAAUUUACUUUUCUUAGGUGAGUAAAGUAUUUGCAUAUAUUUCAAAACAAAAUCUGAGAUGAACAGUAACUGUACAACAUCGGGGUAAUUGAUGCAGUUUUUGCACUGAUAAGUCACAGAGUGCCCUUAAAGUGAGACUCCUCUGAGGAGUUACAUUUGAUAUCAUGUGGGCCCAAAGGGAAUGAAUGAUUGCCGAGCAGAUGGAAACCUUUUUUUUUUUUUUUUUUGCAUGGUUUUAAUUCUGUGCUGCAUCAUGGGGGAUUCCUUGAUCUCAUGACUUCAUUUUUAUUACUAACCCAGCCACUAGAAAACACAAUUUAAUUUUCAAAAUGAUAUGAACGACGAAGUGAAACACUGGAUUGAAUCUUAUAAUGAAAGUUUUAAUAGUCAGAAAGUUCGUUAAUUUAUUUCUUAGUAAGCAUCGUGCAAAUCCCUUGGAUUUGUGACUAAUAUAUUUCUAAUUGUCUUUGGGUUUUUUUUUUAAACCCUCAAGUAUUUAAUAUUCUUUGCUCAGAUUAUGCUGAAAUGUACAGUAGUCACUCAUCCUUCACAACACCUGCCUAAUAUUGUGUAGGUCUCCCUUGUGCUUGAAAGCUACCACUGGAUCCUAUUAGGGAAACGGUGGCGGUGACAAGGUUAGGGAUAUGGCAUCCUGCUUUUGCCUAGCUGUUUGCAGGUUGACCAUCCCCUAUGCAUCACAUGUAUGCUUGUUAAACAUGCACAUGUGUUGUUGGCAGACUGGACUCAGAGGUGUCCAGGUCACUAACCUUGCACAGGUCCUCUAUGCAGUGUGCUGUGGUGUCUGGCACAGGGAUAUUGCAGAUCCUUUGACUCUGUUGAGGUGUUGGGUGGGAAUUCCGUGGAUCAGGCUUGUUUCACCCAAAGAUGCUCUCGUCUCAUUAUUGUUGUUUUUAAGGAAUCCUCUUUGGUUUGUGUCAUUUGUGUUAUUUCAAUGAAAUACAGUCAAUUAAAAAAACAUUUUCUUUGGAUUUACUUAAGGCAAGUGGUUCCAUCCAAGUGAGAAACUCUUAAGAAAUACAAAACAGAGUAUUGCAUUGCAAUGGGACAAAUAACCCAAGUAAACUUAAACUGUUUCUUAGGAGUUAACACAGCUGUGUGGAAACAUUUGACAUAACAUUCUCAAUGACAUCCGAUAAUACAAAUGUUGGAGAGUGCAGGAGACUGGGAUAUACAGAGUUGACAGUCCUGGGAAAUUGCCAUCUGUGAAGUUGUCUUUCUUAACCAUUGAAAGAAUUCUGUCAUCAUGCACUUUAGUUGUCUCUUGUCAUCUUUUUAUGCCUUUUUGGUGCUGCUGAGCUGACCAGUCUAUUUAUUCUGUUUAAGAAUGAAUCAGAUUGUAGAUUUGGACACUUGUAGUUUUUGCUAUCUCUUUGAUCAAUUUAUAGUGAAAAAAAAAUACAGUGAAAACAUAUAUUAAACACUUGGAAGAAACUUCAGAUAUUAUGUCCAUUUCAUUUGUUAUUAAUUUACAUGGGAACAGGCCUCACCUGGUCAGUCAACUGUCCAAUUAUUUUUAAGCAUCUUAAUAUCAGGAACUACAUGUAAAUAUGGCUGUAACUCCUUAACUGAUGCAACAAAGCGGAAACUGCACUUCAGUCACAUCUUUAUUCUUAGCUUAUAAUCCUCUGUGGCAAAACUACAAAAAUCGUGUCCAACAAGUUAAGAACUUGUAACUGUAUGUCAGUCGGUAUCCUUUGCUCACUGGUGGUUAUUUGUCUCACCUCAGAUUUGGAAAAGAGUUGAACUCUCGCCCCACAGCUUCACCUCAGUAAAGGUUACCAUGUCUGAAUGUCAUUGACAUUCCAGUCCUUUUGCUAUAUUGCUGUUUGUCUUAUCCAGUGUGGACACUCCUGUGUUGUUCUAAAUCACAUUAUUGAUAGUUGUUGGCGGGACCAAGCUACAAAACAAUUUGCCAAGAAAAAAGCAGUGAAAAAGGGGCUGAUUACAAGGAAACAUGGCAACUGAUCUCCCUCGAAUGUGAAGUGGCUGAAAACGAGAUAAAUUUUUAGAUGUUUUCAGAUCAUCCAGAUCUGCUCUUAAUUUUCUUGUUGCCCUCCA